AUGUGCGAUGCUUUAGCGGAAUUAGGGGAAGAAGGAAACGAAGACUAUGUGGUUUGCAACUGCAUGCACAGUUUCAUCGCAUGUCUCGCUUUCCAGGUGUUCGAUUUUUUCGGUGUUGGUAUAGCACUCGUAGCAUAUGGCGCAUUGAAUUACUUCCAGGAGACUUCCUUAUACACUACACUACCGUUUGUCGUCCUUUUAUUUUUCGCUGCUGCUUUGCCUUUAGGAGUUGUAGGUCUCCUUUAUCAGCGUCCGAAUUUGCUUGUAGUUUACAACACGAGAUUGUCUAUAGUUGUACUAUGGUCGUUGGCGUGGAUGACCUUUUCUUUGUUGUCAAAGGAAGGCAUCCUCGGUUUCGCAGUUUCUCUUUUUUGGUUUCUGGCCGCUCUAUGCUACUUCUGGGGCCUUUUUGUCACAAGUAAAGCGCUUAACUAUGUGACUACUCAUUAUAGGGGCUACGAUGAUGUUGAUCCUGAGCGAGUGCAGUUCAUUGAGCAAAUGCUUCGAGAUAUGAUUGACGAAAUCAAACAGAAAGAGCUUGACAUUGCCGCUGGAUUGAUUCCGAAAGAUGGAUUAAGUGGAGACGUUGCACCUCCCGUUCCCAAACAAGAAGUUUCCGCGAAAGAGGUCGAAAGGAACGUGAAAUUCGAUGAAUCUAAUGAUCGAGUAGCGCCUGUCGCAAAGGUUACACAGUCCAAGUUCCAUAUUUCAUGGCAAUUACAUUACCAAUACAUUCAAUGUAAAUUAAUCGAAUGUCUUCGCUCGAUAUCUUCAAAUAAAAAUUAG